AGAUGAGAGAGGGUGUGGCUUAAUAAACACGUCAUGACAACAUGAAUCGAAAAUAACAAGGCGCUACGCUAUACGUUUUUCGCACAAGAUCAAAUUCAACAUUAACCGUGCUGCAUUCAUAUUUACCAACAUUACAUAUACAACUGUAAAUCUCAAUUCAUGAAAGAGAAUAUUACAAUUUCAAUUCGCGCCUCCUCCAUCGUGACUCAUUUACGAAGUCAGCUGACCAAAUCCUUAGGAACGGACUCUCACUACAGUCACAGUGAUGGACCGAGACCGAGAGCCUUGAACUUCACACCAGACUCAUUCUCCCUGCAGUGAGGAAACCGGCGCUGGACAGGACAAUAUGCAGAGGUGGAUAAAAGGGAAUACGCAUUUUUAGCCGACUGUGGGUUGACUGUAUCACGUUAAUCAUGUCGGACUCCUCAGAAGCCUCUUUACCCGCUUUCAGGCGCUUGAGUUACUCAGUGGGGCAUUUUCUCAACGACCUGUGCGCCUCUAUGUGGUUCACAUACCUGCUGGUGUUUUAUCACUCAGUGCUGGGCUUUCAGAACACAUAUGCUGGUGUGUUGCUGCUAGUGGGACAGAUAGCGGAUGGAGUGAGUACUCCGCUCAUCGGUUAUGAGUCUGAUAAGUCACCCGGCUGUGGAUCAUAUGGGAAGAGAAAAACAUGGCAUUUAGUUGGAACUAUUAGCGUUCUCGUGUCGUUCCCCUUUAUAUUUAACCAGUGCCUGGGCUGUGAUCUGGACACUCCACAGUGGGUCAGUCUCACUUACUUCACCCCAUUCAUCGUCAUCUUCCAGUUUGGAUGGGCGGCCACCCAGAUUUCCCAUCUCUCCCUCAUUCCAGAGCUGGUGACUUGCGAGCAUGAAAAAGUGGAGCUCACUGCGUACAGGUAUGCCUUUACGGUGAUAGCCAACAUCACAGUGUAUGCAGUGGCCUGGCUGAUGUUUCAUUUUCAGACUCAGGAAGGAGAUGAUCCCGCCAUUACGGAAAACCUCGGCCCGGUUGACAUCCCUGUUUUCAGAGGUCUAAGUCUUACAGUAGUGGGCAUUGGCGCUCUGUUCUCGCUGCUCUUUCACCUGGGCACACGGGAGAAGGGGGCACGUCCCCGUCGGGAGGAGGAGGGCUCUAGUCCUGGGGAGCAGCAGCCUCUUCUUAACAACACCACUGUGUCUCCUCCCACCAGUCUGCUGCAGUGGAAGCACUGGCUGAGACAGCCAUCAUUCUACCAGGUGGCGUUGCUUUAUAUGUCCACCAGACUGAUAGUGAACCUGUCGCAAACAUACAUAUCCAUGUAUCUCACCUACACACUACUGCUGCCAAAGAAGUACAUAGCCACCAUUCCCCUGGUCAUGUUCCUGAGUGGUUUCGCUUCCUCAUUUAUUAUGAAGCCUCUAAGCAAGCUAAUAGGCAAAUGUAUUACCUAUUUCUUGGGACUGUUGCUGGUUCUUGCGUUCUCCUGUUGGGUGCUGCUGGACACACACAUGGGAGAAAAGGUGUAUGGCGCUGCGGUCUUGCUCGGAGUGGGGUCCGCUACCAUCCUGGUGAUGUCACUUGCCAUGACAGCCGAACUCAUAGGAGACCAAACACAAAGUGGUGCUUUUGUUUAUGGAGCUAUGAGCUUCACAGACAAGGUGGCUAAUGGUCUGGGAGUUAUGAUUAUUCAGACGCUACAUCCCUGCCGCACAAUGGUAUGCUGUCCAGGCUGUGUGUGGUAUUAUCACUAUAUCAUGGUCAUCGUCACUGGUGGAGUGGCCGUUUUAGCAGCGCUGAGCCUCUGCACGAUCCUUAUCUGGCCUAUAAAGAUAGUGCACUAUCUGCCUGAGGUGACUGGCCUUAUGGGAAGUGAUACAGAGGACUCGGAGAGCUCUGAGCAGCCAUCAGUCAACUGAACACACAUCUUCAGCUCUAAUGCAGAGAGCGUUUGGUUGACACUUACAUCACAGUGGUGAAGGUUAGAAAUCAGGUUUUGGUUCAGAAUGAUCUUUCACACAGGCCAGUGUUUGCUAAUGUAGUCUAUAUGGUGGCCACAUCUUGACACAUGAGAGAAUUUCACUGAGAGCCAAAUAUGUGGUGAAUUUUUAGAGGUGAUUAGUUGAUAUUACUCAUGUGUCCUGUAUUGUGGCUUUUUAUUUCAUAGUUCUCACUUAACCCAGCAGUCUGCAUAGACACUUUAUCUUUAUUAUGCACAAUUGUU